AUGAAGUACGCCUUCGCACCCCUGGCCCUCGGUCUUACUGCCUCUGCUGCUGUCAUCAGGAGGGACCAGUGCUGCUUCCAACUGAACGCCUCUGGUGGCACCUCCGGCACCCUCGGCCAGCUCAGUGAUGGUCAGAACCGUGUUGGCGGCAACCACUCGCCUGCCACCUACUGCCUGAACAACGGUGCUAUCACCGACAAGAACGGCCGUGGUUGCAUUCUCACCCCGCCCACCACUCAGUUCCAGUGCGACACGGGUGCCUCUCCCACCCCCGGCUUCGCUGUCGGUGAGGGUGGUAGCCUGACCUACAACGGCAACACCAAGUUCUACGCCUGCCCUGCUGCCGACGACCAGUUCAACAUCUACACCAAGCCCGUUGACAACCAGAGCAAGUGCGUCGAGAUCACCCUCAGCACUGGCGGCCAGUGCGCUGCUUCCAGCUCCGCCGCUCCUUCGACCCCGGCUUCCACCCCUGCCGCUAGCCAGCCUGCUCCUAGCUCGCCUGUCGCUAGCCAGCCUGCCCCCAGUUCUCCUGCUGCCAGCCAGCCCGCUCCUAGCUCGCCUGCGGCUGUCACUACCCCCGAGAUAGUCACUGCCACCAAGACCUUCACCACCACCAGCCCUUGCAGCACCAGCACUCCUGCGGCUGCUACUACUCCUGCUGCCUCCACUCCUGUGGCCUCUGCCCCCGCUCCCUCCGGUACCGGUUCUUCCAGCAAUGAGUGCCCCAAGGACCUCCAGGGUGACUACCAGUACCCCCACCUGAUCGUCCCGGUCAACUCGACCACUCCCGACCAGGCCUACGGUACUUCCUACAACGGCGAGAUCUCCAGCCACGUCUGCAGCACCUUCAACUUCGACAUCCCCCAGUCGUACGAGGGCUCCACCUGCUCCGUUGUCUUCCUCUUCCCUAAGAAGGAGGACCUUGAGACCUCUAACUACACCGUCUCUGGCUCCGGCUCUGCUAAGUUCUCCGAGCUCUCUUCCGCCGUUUCCCAGGAGACCACUUGGAAGACCGUUCCUGAGACCAGCAAGGACCUUGGCAGCAUUUCCCUUGAGGCUGGCAACGGCUACACCAUCACCUCUGGUGAGUGCCAGGCCGGCAAGACCGUUUCCUACGAGAUCUGCGGUGAGGGCAGCUUCUCCCUCAACUACUUCCAGGACUACAACCCCAGCCCUCUGGGUCUCUACGUUCGCAAGUGCUAA